CAUUGGCUCACAGAAGCGCAUGCUGAUUGAGCAGCAGACAUUGAAGAACAAGAGGUGGGAGAAGACAACCGAAGGGCCUCGUCUUAUUUGUUUUAUUAAAAAAAGAUCUGUUUAGACAAAUACUUUCGAUGGCCGUUCAGUGUGUGUCCAAAGUUGAGCUAUCCAUCUCCUGCAAUAAUCUCCUGGAUAAAGAUGUUGGAUCCAAAUCUGAUCCCCUCUGUGUUCUGCUGCAGAGUAUUGGUGAUGACAAAUGGACAGAGGUAGACCGCACAGAGAGAGUGAAGAAUUGCCAGGAUCCUGAGUUCUCUACAAAACUUCACAUUGACUACUACUUCGAGAAGGUGCAGAAACUGAAGUUUGGCAUCUAUGACAUUGACAACAAGUCUGUCAAUCUCACCGACGAUGACUUUCUGGGAGGCUUUGAAACCACCCUUGGCCAGAUUGUGUCAAGCAAGAAGAUUACCAGACCCCUGCAGCUCAAGACAACCAAACCAGCUGGCAAAGGAACGAUAACGAUUUCAGCUGAAGAGGUGAAGGACAACCGGGCAAUUGUGUUAGAAGUGGAAGCCAAAGGCCUGGAUAAAAAGGACAUGUUUGGGAAGUCUGAUCCAUUCCUGGAGUUUUUCAAGCAAGGAGAAGAUGGGAAGUGGCAGCUUGUUCACCGGACAGAGGUCAUCAAGAAUAAUCUGAAUCCAUCUUGGAAAAAGUUCACCGUCUCCUUGCAUACAUUCUGCAAUGGUGACCUGAACAAACCAAUUAAGGUUCAUUGUUGUGAUUAUGAUAGUGAUGGAACUCAUGAUCUCAUUGGUGCGUUUGAAGCUAGUGUGUCAGAUCUGCAGAAAGCAGUUCAUGGUACUCCGGUUGAGUUUGACUGCAUUCAUCCAGAGAAGCAGAAGAAGAAAAAGAGUUAUAAGAACUCCGGAGUCAUCAGGAUUAAAGAUUGCAAGCUUGAGGCACAGUAUUCAUUUCUGGAUUACGUGAUGGGAGGUUGCCAAAUUAACUUCACGGUGGGCAUUGACUUCACUGGGUCUAAUGGAGACCCCCGCUCUACUGACUCUCUGCACUAUCUCAGUCCUAAUGGGGUGAAUCAGUAUCUGUCAGCAAUCUGGUCCGUUGGUCAGGUAGUGCAAGACUAUGACAAUGAUAAACUUUUCCCAGCCUUUGGAUUUGGUGCUCAAGUGCCUCCAAACUUCCAGGUAUCCCAUGAGUUUCCAUUGAAUUUCAAUCCCAAUAGCCCUUAUUGCCAAGGAGUGCAAGGCAUUGUAGAUGCGUACCGCGCGGUUCUGCCUCAAGUCCGUCUCUAUGGUCCCACCAAUUUCUCACCCAUUAUAAACCAUGUGGCCCGAAUUGCUGCCGGAGCCGCCCAGCAGCCAAAUGCAGCUCAAUACUUUGUGCUGUUGAUUAUAACUGAUGGGGAGAUCACUGAUCUGGACCAGACCAGGCAAGCCAUUGUGAACAGCUCCAAACUGCCCAUGUCCAUCAUCAUCGUGGGCGUGGGAGAGGCGGACUUUAAAGCCAUGGAGUUUCUGGAUGGAGACAAUGGAGUUCUCAAAUCCUUGACUGGAGAGCCGGUGGUCAGAGAUAUUGUGCAGUUUGUGCCCUUCAAACAGUUUGCCAAUGCCCCUAAAGAAGCUCUGGCUCAGAGCGUUCUUGCUGAGGUGCCAAAUCAACUGGUGUCAUACUUUAAAAUGAGUAAUCUGGCUCCUGUCAACCCCCCCUCACCCACUAAGUAAACAGGUUUGCACUGGAGACUGAAUCUGAAAUGAAUAUAAAAUGGCUACAGGAUUACUUACUCUAACUUUGGACCACCACUAGAGGAAACCACUGCUCUAUGUUCAAGGAGUCAUUAAGGGGAUGUUUCUGUUACGAAAACCACCAAAAUUAAACCUGUUUUAUUUUUUCUUAUUAUGCAAACUGUUUUUUCACCACAUUCGUAUUUCACAAUUGAAUUAUUCUUGUUGGGUAGUUUAUAUGAAUACUACUUUUUUUUUUUUUAAAGAUUUAGUUACAUAUAUUUUAUAUUUUUGGUUAUGGAUACAAUAAUUCUAGAUGCCUUAGAUGCCUUUAACUAUGGCAAGAUUUGAAAUCACUUUUAGCCUCUUAUAUGCAGAUAUAAUUAUGCUUUAUGGCACUUGUGCUGCUUUUUUUUAAGCAGAUAUUAGCAUUAGAUAUUAGAAUUUGAAAUGCUGGUAUAUGCAAAGCCUCGCACUUUCUGCUUCGUAUUAGUUAUCAGAGCAAAGUAAAUAACUAAACUAUUUUAUCCUCUAUGCUGCAAUAAUAGAUAUGAUUAGUAGCUAGAAACUUACCAAAGAAAUCAUUGCAUGUCUUUUGCUAGCUGAAAGAUUACUGAAAUUUAUAUUACCAUUAUGACGUCAUUGUUUUGAUUGGGAUAUAUUGAGUUAAGGACCAGUUAAUAAGACUAAGGUUUAAUUUGUUAAUAUUAGUUAACUACAUUAGUUAACAUGAACUAACAAUGAACAAAACUUUUACAGCAUUUAUUAUAAUUUGGCUAAUGUUAUUAUCAAAAUAUUCAAAUAAAUUUAAGUCAAAAGUUGUGUGUGUGUGUGUGUGUGUGUGUAAUAUAUAUAUAUAUAUAUAUAUA